AUGGGAAGUGAUAUUAGUGAAAAUGAGGCUGAAGAAUCCGACGAGAAUGAUGUUGACAAUUGGGAGGAAAAGACCGAGAAAAUGGAGCCAGAUGAGAGAAGAAACACAUGGGAACGAUUGGAGUUCUUCGAUCUGGAAAAGAAGCAGAAGAAUAUACUGAUAUUUGAUUCAUCAGAAAACGAGAUCAUGCUCACUCGUGAAGAAUGGAAUGAGAAUGAAGAAGAAGAAGCAAAAGUGGGCGUAGCACGACGAGAAGGAGGAGGAGAGCGAGCCGCGAGCCCCCGACAAGUAUUAGUAUUAUUCGAGUCGACUGGUCAUGCAGUAGUUGGGAAAAAAUGGAGAAGCUGCUGA